GCGGGGCUCCAGGGGCGGCGGCGGUGCCGGUGCCGCUCGGGCCGCCAUGGCGCUCCGCUCCUAAAGCCGUCAGCAGCCCCGGCGCGGCCGCCCCGUCGAAGUUUUUUCGGUGGGGAGGAAGAGGAGGAGAGGAGGAAAAGGAGGAGGCGGUGCGGCCGCAUGCCCGCCGCGGGCCCGCGCUCGGCGCGCUCAGGUCCCUCUAGCACGUCAUGAUGGUGGAAUCCGCCUCGGAGACGAUCCGCUCCGCUCCAUCUGGCCAGAACGGGGUCAGCAGCCUCAGCAAUCAGCCCGACGGGGGCGGCGGCGGCGGCGGGGGCCGGGAAGGGGCUGCCAGCGGGGACAGCAAUGGGGAGCUGAGCCCAGUGGAGCUCCUGCACUUCCAGCAGCAGCAGGCUCUCCAGGUGGCACGCCAGUUCCUGCUGCAGCAGGCCACGGGGCUGAGCUCCCCCAGCAGCAAUGAGGGCAAGCAGCCGGCGGUGCAGGUCCCCGUGUCCGUGGCCAUGAUGUCCCCACAGAUGAUCACACCACAGCAGAUGCAGCAGAUCCUGUCCCCGCCCCAGCUACAGGCCCUCCUGCAGCAGCAGCAGGCAAUAAUGCUGCAGCAGUUGCAGGAAUACUACAAGAAGCAACAGGAGCAGCUUCACCUGCAGCUAUUGACACAACAGCAAGCCGGAAAGCAGCAACCCAAAGAGCAGCCGUUAGGGAACAAGCAGCUGGCGUUCCAGCAGCAGCUCCUGCAGAUGCAGCAGCUCCAGCAGCAGCACCUGUUAAACCUGCAGCGCCAGGGGCUGGUGAGCCUCCCGCCGGGCCAGGGCACCGUGCCCCUGCAGAGCCUCCCCCAAGCUGUGUGCCCCUCAGACCUGCAGCAGCUCUGGAAGGAGGUCACCGCCGCCCAGCCUGUCGAAGACAGCAUCAAACAAGAGGGUCUCGACCUCACCACCAACACCUCCAACUCUACCUCGUUUUCGGCCGCCAAGGUCUCGCCUCCCAUUUCCCACCACCCUCUGCCCAAUGGGCAGAGCACCAUGCACACGCCGAGAAGGGACAGCUCUUCCCACGAAGAGACCCCUGGCUCUCACCCUCUCUAUGGCCACGGAGAGUGCAAGUGGCCUGGCUGCGAAACCCUCUGUGAGGACUUGGGACAGUUUGUCAAACACCUCAAUACAGAACACGCACUUGAUGACCGAAGCACAGCCCAGUGUCGAGUUCAGAUGCAAGUGGUACAGCAGCUGGAGAUACAGCUGGCAAAGGAGAGUGAGCGCCUGCAGGCCAUGAUGGCCCACCUCCACAUGAGACCUUCAGAGCCAAAGCCUUUCAGCCAACCUCUGAACCUGGUCUCGAGUGCUACCCUCUCCAAGAGCACCUCGGACACGUUCCCCGACGGUUUACCUCAUCCCCCCACCUCUGCCACGGCCCCCAUCACCCCGCUGCGGCAGGGCCCCUCCGUCAUCAGCUCUUCCACGUUACACAGCGUGGGGCCCAUCCGCAGGAGGAACUCGGAGAAGUUCUGCACCCCGAUAUCUUCAGAGCUUGCACAGAACCACGAGUUUUACAAGAAUGCAGACGUCCGGCCGCCCUUCACGUACGCCUCGCUCAUCCGGCAGGCCAUCCUGGAGACCCCCGACAGGCAGCUGACGCUGAAUGAGAUCUACAACUGGUUCACCAGGAUGUUCGCCUACUUCAGGAGGAACACGGCCACGUGGAAGAACGCUGUCCGCCACAACCUGAGCCUGCACAAGUGCUUCGUGCGCGUGGAGAACGUCAAGGGCGCCGUGUGGACCGUGGAUGAGCACGAGUACCAAAAGCGAAGGCCACCAAAGAUGACAGGGAGUCCGACUUUAGUCAAAAACAUGAUUUCGGGACUCGGUUACGGAGCACUUAAUGCAAGCUACCAGGCAGCGCUGGCAGAGAGCAGCUUCCCUCUGCUCAACAGCCCCACCAUGAUCAACACGAGCUCUGCCAGUGGGAUGCUGCACGUGGGCCAUGACGACGUCAGCAGCACAGUGGAGCAAGUCAACAGCAACGGCAGCAGCAGCCCGCGCCUGUCCCCGCAGCAGUACAGCAGCCACCCCGUGCACGUGAAGGAGGAACCAGCUGAGGCUGAGGACGACAGCCGGCCCGUCUCGCUGCUGGCCACCGCCACCCAGAAUGUGACAAUUCCUGACGACAGGGACCUGGAGGAGGAGCUGCCGGUGGAAGACUUGUCCUAAGGACCUCGAG